AUGGAAGAUCUGGAUACCGAAGAAGGGGACACGGUACAUCAACUGAGCUCAACGGGAGAAGAUGAGACAAAUAUGUCUUUCACUGAUGCUCAGGGUUACUUAGACCCAGGGAAUUGGGACAACUCCUGGCUUAACUCUCUCACUGAUGACGGAUCAAUGCCUGGUGAUCUCGUAUUCGGCUUUUUUGCUUAA